AUGAAGCUGUUGAAAACCCUCUUCCUUGUGGCCUUGUUAAUGGCUUUGGCCAUUACUGAUCUGUCAGCAACUUCUUCAGAUUUUGAUGAAGAGCCAAAGUCUCUCCGAGGAACAAGCCGGUUCCUUUCCCAGAGUGGCAGGGUGGCGUUGACAUGUGAGAAGAACCCGAAGAUUUGCCUUGUUAAAGGUAGUGCAGGGCCUGAUUGCUGCAACAACAAGUGUGUGAAGUUUUCGACAGACAGACUUAACUGCGGGAGGUGUGGAAAGAAAUGCAGCUUCGGAAAAAUAUGCUGCGAAGGCAAGUGCGUGAACCCUAACACUAACGAGAAGCAUUGCGGCAAAUGUGGCAACAAGUGCAACGCCAAAGGUUCUUGUGUUUUGGGGAUGUGCAGCUAUGCAUAG